AUGGAUAGAAAUCAAAAUCAAAUAAUCUUUCAUUUCUUUGAUCCUGAAACAUUAAACACAUCCGAGAUUAAACCGAAGAAGAGAACCCCAAAUAUGUUCAUUUCAUAUCGUAAUGAAAUGAUGAAAGAUCGACCACUUAAUAUACCAAUGACAAAAUUUAGUAGAAUGGUGUCGAAAGAAUGGAAAAAGCUAUCAGAAUAUGAAAAGGCUAAAUGGCAAAGAAAAUAUCAUAUUAGUCGAGAUGCAACAGAUAUAGCAAAAUGUGAAAACCUCAAAUUGCAAGAUGAAAAGUCACAAAGCGGAGGUUAUGCGUCAGAAUCUGAAGUUGCAUUAUUAAUAUCUCCUUAUCCUGAGAUCUUGAAGAAUGACUUUUAUCUGCCAAUGAUUAUAUAA